AUGUCUAGCCAAGCUAUGCAAAUCCCCAUCCUGGACCACAUCGUCAUCCUUGUUUCUCAUAAAGAUCUUCUUGGAAUCUCCUCACACAUCGAGGGGCAUCUCACUCUGGCACCAGGCGGUAACCACGCUGAUGGACUCACGACAAACAAGCUAAUCCUGCUCUCUGAUGGUGUUUAUCUCGAGUUCAUUGCAUUUUUCGAUGACGUGGACCCCGAAAGACGACGCAACCAUCGCUGGGGAAAAGAGACAGAAGGAACCGUCAUUGACUGGGCUUUUACCUUGCCCUCGGAAAGCGACUUUGCCGCCGUUCAACAACGAUUCCAGAAUGCUGAUACCAGCGCUUCCUAUACGGAUCCUAUCCCGGGCGGUCGCACGAAGCCGGAUGGGACCGUUUUAGAAUGGGCUGUUUGCACGCCCAAAGACAGACAGGGGAAUGCUGUGGCUCCCGGAUCUAUGCCAUUCUGGUGUCUGGAUAGAACGCCUCGAGCUAGACGCGUCCCUUAUGAGGCGGAGUCGCAUCUCACUCAACACCCCAAUGGUGUAAAGGGGCUGUUGUCAGUGUCCAUCCGGGAUCCCGACGAGGGAGCGUUUAAUCUGAAGGGAGCAUACGAUGCGAUCUUUGGUGGAGAGUGGAGCUAUGAUGUUCCAUCCGGAUCAACAGCUGGCAAGCGUGCAUUCUCUCUCUCUACUGGGGAGGCUGCCAUUAAGCUGGUUUUUCAUGGAUCUAAGACUGGACGAUUUGAGCUGCUGCCUGGGCUUGUUGUUGAUAUCGAGAGCUUGGCAUAG